AUGCUCACAAUGGAGCAAAUAGAGGCAGCCUUGUACCAGAAGAUGAAGAUAUCUGAGAAAUUAAAUGAGAAGCAGAUGGAAAGAAUGGAGGGAGUUGGGGGAGAUCUCACCAUGGACAGAGAGCAACAGAGGGAGCACAUCCUCAAAUGGUUUGUGGAGACUCAGGCUGUGCUCAUCCUGUGUGAUGGAAGUUUUCCGCCCUGGUUCCAGGGCUUCAUCUCCAGACAUGAAGCAGAAGAUCAGCUCAAAGACAAGAAUGUUGGUUGCUUCCUUAUCAGACUCAGCGAAAAAUCCAUUGCGUAUAUUCUUUCAUACAAAGGACAGGAUCGUUGUCGCCAUUUUGUGAUAAAUCAAACUAAGACUGGCCUGUUUGUCGUUUCUGGUGAUUCCACCACUCAUAACAGUCUCACAGAGCUGAUCAAUCACUUUAAAACCACAUCAAUCCAGCCUUUUGGAGAGUACCUGACUUCAUACGACACAGACAUGGACUCUGUUGGAGAGGACGCCAAAAACAAGCUUUAUGACGUGGUUCAAAAUAAGCCCAGAGUUAAUGCGGGUGUUAGCGUUAAGGCUCUAAGAAGUUUAUGGGAACAAACUAGCAAUGUCCCGCAUGGCACGCCUCCUGUUCUGUAUUCUAAAAGUGCCCGGAAACUCGCAAUCUCCACCUCUAUUGACAGGAACAGCCUUUCUCAGGGUACAAAAGUUCCACCAGUGCCAAAGAAGAAUACACGACUUCGGAAUUCCUUAAGCGCUGGUUUUCCUGGUACAAAUACAUCCCAAGAACAACACAGCUUUUCAGAAUCAAGGACAUCUGGAAGGUCAGAAGGCUACAACUCUCAAUUAAUGUUGCCUCCCCACGAUGAAAACAAUCAGUCUUCAACCUCUAAUUCUUGCAACAUUAUGCCCUCCACCCCUCAACAACCUCCUUUAGCGCCACCCAAAACAGCCUCCUGCUCUUAUGCUGUCCUCGAUCUUAAAAAACGCCAUAGUGGUGGUGGCCGAGUGCCAUAUAAUGACAAAGAAGCCCUACAGCCCAAUCCACUCUACCAGACCUCAUCUGUGGUGUGCGCUGGGCAGCAGGACCAGCCCGGGCAAGAGUAUGACAACCGUAUAAAGCCCAUCGAUAACCUUUUAGCAGAAAACCCCUAUCAAGACAUACCUGAACAACGUGACAGUAAUACCUAUGAGCACAUAGCUGAGAGCAACACCUAUGAGGACAUCCGAGUUACAGACAGCAACACGUAUGCAAGUUUGGAUGAGAUGCAUCCACACUCACCGAGCAUCUCGGGAAAGAAGAAUCAUAAGUGGUGGAAACUUCGACUGGAGAAUAAGAAGCAAUAGUCAUCCGGUGAAUGUAAA